AUGGUUAAGAUCGUGGGUCACAGGGCCUUCAAAGGUUCGUGCCCUGAAAAUUCUUUAAAGGCUUUCAAUAUGGCCUACGAUAACGGUGUCGAUAUGUUGGAGACAGACCUUCAAUUGACUAAAGAUGGGGAAAUUAUUAUCAAUCACGAUUCGGAUACUGGAAGAAACUGGGACCAAGAUUUAGUAAUAGCUGAAUCGAAUUAUGAGGAUCUGUUAAAAUUGAAGCAUAAGUUACUUCCGGAUGAAAAAAUUUUAACUUUCAAUGAUCUUUUAACUUGGUUUAUUGGCCGUAUCGAUCAGGAUGAUACACCUCAUGAUUGUAAAUUGAUGUUAGAUAUCAAAUUUACAAAUGAUAAAUUAAUUCUGGUCAAAAUUUUUAACGAAAUGUUGAAAGUUAGGGACGAUUUGCAAUUUUGGCAAUCAAGAAUUGUUUUGGGGGUCUGGCUUCUAGAUUGGUACCAAUACGGUGUAGAAACCGCCGUUUUCAAAGGAUUUGAUAUUAUUGUUAUCACAAUGUCUCUCGAUGUUGCAGAACAAUUCAUCAAUUAUUCCAUCAAAUUAGAUGAUCCGGAUUUUAAACUUUACGGUAUAUCAAUCCAUUACGUAUCUUCAUGGACCGAUAACUUUAGAUACGUUCUUUGUCCUAUAAUCGAAAAAUAUGAUAUCAAAGUCUUUUUAUGGACUGUAAAUAAAGAGAUAGAUUUUUCCUACAUCGAAGGUCUACCCAUAUAUGGUACUAUCACAGAUAAUCCACUCGAUGCUAGAGCAUACUUGAAAGAUAAACAUCAUUGGGCUACAACAACAGACGAAAAACAUAAAUUUAACGUACCUCAAUUGAAUUCUCUAGAGGGUUUAAGAUUCCAUUCUUAUAUUGUGAUAUACGAUGUUGUUUGUGCAUUAUUAUUCUCUAAAUGGGCUCAUUUCAAAAUAUUCGGAUAUUCCGUUGCUUAUAUCAUCUUCUUAAUGUUAAGAGUGAUCCAUUUCUUAUGA